AUGGGAUAUAUCUGUGAGAUCGGCUGCCGGAAAUGGGACAAUGUAUGCAAGAGUCCGGAGUGUGUCCAGACAGCGGGGAGUGUCCUGGCCAGGAUGAACCUGUCCGCCGAACCCUGCCAGAAUUUCUACAGUUUUGCGUGCGGUGGCUAUAUCAGCCGGACGCGGUUAACGUGGAACAAGACGCGGAUACGAGAGAUCCCUGAUGAACUGCCGCACAGAUACAAGUCAUACCUCAUAGACACGUUAUCCAGCGGGCAAGGGGAGAGUGACAGCCCGGCCCUGAAGUCACUGCGAGCCGUAUUCAAGUCAUGCAUCUCCAGAUCAGCAAGGGUCGAUGACGUCACACGAAUCACAAUGACCGAAUUCUUCCACAACCUGGGGGGUCUGCACUUGACAAACAACACACGUGAUAGCAGCUUCGAUAUGACGUCACUAUUAGCUAACGUCACGCGCUUGUACGGGGCUACGCCGUUCUUUAAAGUACUAGUCCACGGGCCCAGCAAGAUAUCGCUUAUCAACCGCUACUCCGACCACAUGCUGCAUCUCCUGCGGGGCCUAAACGACGAUGUUGGUAGUUUUCAGUUUCUUAGACCGAGCGACUUCAUACCAAGAUAUUCUCAGAAGAGCAAGCUGAGCGCUUUCAAGACUCUACUGUGGUCGGUGGUGUCGAUGUUGACGGGCAGUCGUGGAGAUGGCGCCGCCAGGGUGGCCGUGGAGGAGGUGUUUUACUUCCAGCUGGAACUCCACAAGGUGUUAUACGACGACGACAUCGACUGGACGGAGGAUGACGUCAGAGCCUGCUGGAAAGGCCACAAGUCUCCUAUCCACACACUGAACACCAAUUUUGGAGGGUACCAGAUCACGUGGUCGGACUUCUUGAUCCGGGUACUUGGUGGCAUUGACAUCACCUCCGUCACCGUGUGCCACAUCCACCUGAGUGCAGCCGUGCAGGAGCUGCUCGCCAACACCCCCUCUUACGUCCUCAAGCGCUACAUCCUCAUCCACACUCUUUUCAACACCAAGGUGUUCUCUCUGCUCCCCAAGUCCACCUCCUUACGGCGGCAGCUGAGGGUGUUCGGGCGAUAUGGUCAGGAAGCAGGAACAGUAGAAGAACAGUGUGUUCACACAAUCACGCAGCUUCUUCCCAACUCCUUGCUAUGUGAGACGACCCCGUCACGGUUCAGUCACGCCCAGUACACCAUGGAGACUGUGUUCUUCAAUCUGAAAAGAUCCUUGUCCGAAACAUUAUCCAUCUUGUUUGGAAUAACUUCAGAUGAGACAUAUAAGAUUGCCAACGAGACUGUGUCGAGUGUGUCGCGCGAGUGGCUGAGCGUGCUGCCGCUGCGGGAGAGUGAUGUCCGCCUCGACCAGUAUCAGCACCAGUCACAUCAGUCGUACCUGUCCAACUUUAUUGGGCUGAUCAAGCUGAGGACGCUGCGGUACAUGCAGGGGGAGGCGCAUCGGCCGUACAACCCCGUCAUCCCCAGCGUCCUGGGGGUGCUGGCGGGAUGCAAGGAGUUCGGGUUUCCUUAUGGGGGUGUGUGGUUCCCUUCUCCCAACCCCUCCUACAUCCACUAUGCUUCCCUCGGCACCUACCUCGCUCGCGACAUCUCCGACCAACUCGACAUCCAGGUGUUGCUAGACCACUACGCCGACGACAUCCUGAACGACAGCGCGGUGUUGUAUCUCGCCAUUAGACUUCAAUGUCUUGUUGACCUCUACAACCAUUUCGAAAUUCUCCGACAGGGCAACACUGUAUUCAAGGUGAGAGGAGCUGUUGCCAAAAACGAGAAUUGGAAGGAUCACCUGUCACUGAAAGUUGCUUACGAGAACUGGCGAUAUGACAAGUCAAGUCAGACGAAAGAAGUGAUUAUUCCAGGUCUCAAGUACAGCGAGGAACAAACCUUCUUUAUACUCUAUGCACAGACUAUGUGUGAGAAGGUCAGUCGACGAGGGUUGAUAGAACACUACAUCAACGACGACUCCGAGGUGACACCUCCUGGGAGGUUCAGGGUCCAUGGGGCACUGAUGAACUUCCGUCCAUUCGCUGCUGCCUUCAAGUGCCGACCAGACUCACCAAUGAACCCAUCAGAAAAGUGCCAAAUAUUCUAGUUAUCCAGGUUACAGUCAUAUUUAAGGCUGGAUUAACAAGACAUUGAUAAUGUGUGGAUAACUUUAGGUCAGAGGUCAACACGCCUCAUGGGGGAUAAAUUCAGGUCAGGGGUCAACACACCUCGCCUGUUACCUAAAGGUCAAGAAGUAUUACCUUCAGUUCAGAAGUCAACAUACCGCCAGAGGAAUAUACCUUCAGGCCGGAGGUCAGCCUAUUACAGUGGGGGAAACCGCUAGGUCAGAGGUCAACACAGCACAGAGGGGACAGCUGCAGGUCACACGUGGACACAAGGUGGACACAACCUUCUGGUGGUAGAUCCACAUCAAUGGCUCUACAUCACAUUGAUGGCCACGCAUCAAACAAAAAACUCUCCGACAAAACCUUAUCACUUGAACACAUGAGUUCACGUUCAUGUUCACGACUUCUUUCACAUUUCAGUCAUACCCAGGUUUCCCAUGCAUAAGUCAUAUCUCAUGUACACAUUCGCUCUUUCAUACCCGCCCUCAUGGUCUCUAUUUCCCCUUGCCCAACACGAUCUCAGUGUUCCUCGUCAUAGAGCAGCAUAUCACAGCCUGUCCUCGUUAUACGUCUAUACUUGUCAUACCUUAUUGUUCACCAACAUAUCAUUCAUAUAGUCCUCGUCCAGUUGCCUGACGCAAUGUCCGCCAUCGCCAUACCUCAUCUAAUUGUUACGUUGCAUCGAUUUAUUUCAUGAAUACAAGAUUGUAUCUAGUUGUUCAAUGCAUACCUCAUUGUAUCUAUUUCAAUGCAUAUCACAUUGUUCUAGUUGAUUCAUGCAUACCACAUUUAUUCUGUUGUUUCAUGCAUACCUCUUCAUAUCUAGUUGCUCAACGGAUACCACGUUGAAUCCAGUUGUUUCAAGUCAUCCACAUUAUAUCUAGUUGUUUCAUGCAUUAUAUAUAUGGCCAGUUGAUUCAUGCAUACCACAUUUUAUCCUGUUGUUUCGUGCAUGCCACAUU